UGACAUUACCCUAUUGUUUUGUCCAACAGAGCGUUUUGAGCGUCGAACGUCAUUUUGUAAACAUAUAUCGUCAAUGCAGGCGUAGCUCAACGUUCGCAACGCUGGAAUUGAGCAAAAUUCAAUUCCAGCGUCAACGUUUGAGCGUCUAACCAAUCAGAUUUACCUGGCCACGUGCUUUUUUAAUAAUUACAUCAUUUCCAGAGGAUGGAAAACAUGGAGGAAAGGCUAGUAGAAGCUGUUAAGGAGUAUCCGUGCUUAUGGCAAAUACAAUCUCGUUCCUAUAAAGAUCUAAGAGCGAAAGAGAACGCCUGGAAGGCUGUUGCCUUAAAGGUUGGGGAGGGCUUCACUGAGGAAGAUUGUUGUAAAAAAUGGAAAUUACUGCGUGAUAAGUUCGUCAGAGAGUUAAAAGAAGUUAAAAAAAGAAAGACUGGUGAGGCAGGGCCUGUUUAUGUUUCGUGUUGGCCAUUAUUUGGACCCAUGACUUUUAUUACAGACACAGUGAAGCACCGAGCAUCAUCUAGUAAUUUUAUUACUGAAAGCAAUGCUCAAUCACAUAAUAUAACUGUUGAAGAAGAAGAUAUAGUGCUUACAUCUGAUAAAGAUAUUGAAUCUUCAAUUGGGGAUGAUACCAGAUACAAAGUACUUUACCUGGUAAAUAACGUCCAGGAAAAGGGCGUAAAAGGUAUGACUUUAACGGGAAUGCUUCAUCUCCUACAAUGA